UAUGCCUGGUGAAGUGUUGCGAUGUCAGCGAAGCUGUCCCUGUUUCGUAGGUAAGUAAAUUUGCCCCUUUGACUUUGUUCGUGAAGCUUCUUAGGCAAUAAAGAUAUCACCUUUACACCACUUUUGUUCUGUUUCAUUUACAUGUUACCCUUGGCCUGAAUGAACCAGCAAGUGUACUUAGAAACAAUGCUUUUUGGAUUUAUUUCUACCCAAACUUACUUGAAAGCAAUGUUCUUUCUUUUUCAUAUUUGCUUUCUUUUCUUUGUUGCUGAUGCACAGAGGAAGUGAAACCAUAUACUACUUAUGCAAGUGGAGGAAACCAAGUAAAGUGGUGUAAUGUAAGACAAAGAAAAAUAUAAAGACAGUUAGUACUAAACAUAGUAAGUCUGUGUUUAACAUUGGAGUGGAACAGGCCAGACAGUGAGUUUGCGAAUUCAACUAUCUAUUAAACCUCGUGUUGCAGAUCAGGAAGAAGAGUUGCCUGAAGUUACAAGAUUAGCUCUUUCAAAUACCCAAAGGGCUUCCUGUUGGGUGUGAACACAAAAAAGUACUUCAAGUGAAAAUACCUGGACCCAGCACAAGAGGACUAAGGCUUAAAGCAUAAUGGAAUACUUUAAAACAGUGCUGAAUUUGGGUGUGAAGCAUCAGUCUGUAAUAGGCUAUGGUGCUCUGUCUUUGCUUGCUGCUGUAGGGGAGAAUGUAUUUUCUACUGUUCUUUUUGAGUGCCCAUGCAAUAGCUGGAAUUACAUCUAUGGUAUGGUUUUCUUACUGGUCCCUGCGGUAAUACUAUUCUUCCUUGGCCACAUGCUGAAUUUUCCCUUGUGGAAACACAUGACCGGUUGCUGCAACUCUGAAAAACCACGCCACCAUGUUUGUCGAAGAUGGGUACUUUUCUUUCGGGUGUUUUGGCAAAUGACUUUUGUAUCGGCUUUAGCUCCUCUGAUCUGGAUUGCUCUGGCACUGCUGAAUGGCACUUUCUAUGUCUGUAUAGUGUCAGGCCUGAAAUUGGAGCAUGUAUGUGACCACAAAGAAAAAUGUAUAAAGGAAUUACCCCACAUUCCCUGUCCUAAGUUGAUCACCUCAAACCUUUCCAGGGCGGAGAUAACUCAGGUGGCAAGCUUUAUGAGGGCCGAAUCACAGAUUCUGGGCUGGACAGUGUUAGGCUGUGUUUUGAUUGUAGUGGUGCUUUCUACUUGCAUACGUCGAUGUAUAUCCCCUGUCAGCUACCUCCAGCUGAAGUUCUGGAAAAUGUAUAUAGAAAGGGAACAAGAACUGUUCGAUGUAAAGUGUAAGGAGCAUGCCACUAAACUUGCUGAGAGGAACAUCAGCAUCUUCUUUGAUCAUACUAAAGUAGAACAAUUCGAGACACCAAAAAACAACGACUGGAACCAGGUCUCCUCGGCCUACAUCUUUAACAAGAAGACACAGUUUUACAGUAUGUUACACCGAUUUGUGGAGUAUCCAGAUAGGAAAAAAAGCUUAAUUUCACUAGAAGGUGAUAUGGUUUCUCCAGCUGAGAUGCCCAUGGUAGAUAUGAUUGAUGGCUUUGAAAGUUAGAUGCUGGAAGCACAUAACAUGGAAUGAAGCAUAGAAAUACAAAAUUCAUAUACUCAUGCAUUUAAAUGAAAAAGCUAAAUUUAUUAUGACAUAUCGAGAUCCAUUAGAUCCCACAAAAUAGGUGCUGGAUGGGCAUGAAGUACAUUGGGCUUUUUUCACCAGAAUUUUCUCCAGAAUUCCCAUCACGCCUAGAGCCAGUUGCCGCAGAGCAGGUGCGCCAAAUGUAUAGGGUGCAUACGCCACUUGCACGCCAAACACUAAAAACCACAGCAGACAAUGCCCUUUGCAUCCAUGCUAAUGUAUGAAUUCUGUGAGAAAACACUGUAUUAUGGGGGAAAAAAUUAGCCCUUUUGUCUUUAGGGUUAUAGGACUUGUCACAGAUAUAACAAUACUGUAUAUUCCUAUGUUCACAAUGAGGAAGACAAUUAGAGCAUGCAUUGAAAUGUGUGCUGCCUUUUAAUAAUAAUAAUAAUAAUAAUAAUAAUAAUAAUAAUAAUCUCUCUGUUUAUAUUGUUUAUUAUAUCUGUAAUGGUUAUAGUUUCAUUUUCAACCUUAGUACCACCACCACCACCCCAAUAGAAUGUGUUUGUUUAAAUUGAGAAAAUGAACCCUGGUCACCUCACUUUACCUAAUUGUGCCUUUGUCUCAGGUUUACAGCUAAGGGUCAGUUAUAUAGUGAAUAAAGUACCCCCUCUUGUAAAAUAUAAGGAUAUUAUAAGUUACCGAGGAGUUUCAUGACCAUAUAAAAACACGAGGCCGAAGGCGGAGGUCAUGGAACUCCGAGGUAACUUCUAAUAUCCUCAUAUUUUACAACCAGGGGUACUUUAUUUAUUAUAAUACACAAAUUUCAGUGAGUCAUGUGACAGAAAUGACAUCAGAACUCACCGUUUAUAAGGAUAUAAUUUACAAGAUAUUCAUGGCUUUUGUGUAUUAUACAGGGUUAUUUAACGUAGAGUAAUCUGAAAUCAGAUUGAUCCCUCCUGUCACAUUUGCUUUGAAAAACCAUGUAGGUGGGAUCACUAUACCUUGGAAAGCUGGAGGAAUAGGGUUACAUUUGACUUAUGCAAAAGGUGCAUGCAUGCUUUUUGCCAUAAAACCUAUUAACCCAUGGUUACCCAUGAGUAAUGUCACCAUGAGAUUUAUGUAGCAAAUACACAUUCUGCAUGAAAUGUGUAUGCUUACAUUUCCAUUUUUGCUUUAUUUACACCAUCAUUUCCAUACACAGUAUCUCAUAUGGAAAUAAAUUACUUUUUUAAUUGCAA